GUAAGUUCCCCGGAAGUGUAACAUACAACAAAAUGGACGCGUCGUUUGCUAAAUGAGCAUGAGAAAGAAAAACAACCUGAAUUGAUGAAUGAGAAGAGUUCCCCCUUUUGUCGUAACUUAAUUGUUCGCGGUUGUUUCUAUUCAUACGUUUGAACUCAUGGCAAGCACCCUGGACUUCAGGACCCACGCGGACCAGUCAUGCAGAUAUUCAGAGGAGUUUGUCAACAUUUAUUACGACUGCAUGGAUAAGAAAAGGAGGAACUUGACCCGACUCUAUCUUGACAAGGCGACCUUGGUGUGGAAUGGCAACGCGAUCUCUGGACAGGAUGCCCUGGGCGAGUUUUUUGAGUCACUGCCAUCGAGCGAGUUCCAAGUUCACACGCUGGAUUGUCAACCAGUCCACGAACAAGCAACCCAAGGCCAGACUACUCUGCUUGUGGUGACUGGCGGGAUUGUUAAGUUUGAAGGAAACAAACAGCGCUUCUUCAACCAGAACUUUCUUCUAACAGCUCAGGCUACGCCCAACAAUGACCAGCCUGUUUGGAAGAUCGCUAGUGACUGCUUCCGAUUUCAAGACUGGAACAGCUGAGGUUCCUGUCAUCCCUGGUUCCUCUAAAAAAAAUCUGUUAUCGAUCUUAAAAAUGAAGGUGUCAUUUAUACAUUUGUUUUUGUAAUAAAAUGCGAAAAAGCACAGAAUACAAACUUUAUUUUUGAAAUGUUGAACAAGACGUGACCAGAAUGAUGGAGUAAUAAAUACAAGAACUGUAAAGUGGA